AUGCCGGGCCCCGCCCCGGCCCGGGCCCUCGUGGGCCUGGCCUUCGCCCUGGCGUCCGCGCAGCCGUCCCCGCCCCCGCCCCCGCCGUUCCCCGUGGUGGCCACGAGCUACGGGCGCCUGCGCGGGGUGCGGGCGGCGCUGCCGGGCGACGUCCUGGGCCCCGUGACGCAGUUCCUGGGCGUGCCCUACGCGGCCCCGCCCACCGGCGAGCGCCGGUUCCAGCCGCCCGAGCCCCCGUCCUCCUGGGCCGGCGUCCGCGACGCCACGCGGUUCGCGCCCGUCUGCCCGCAGCACCUGGACGAGCGCGCGCUGCUGCGCGACCGCCUCCCCGCCUGGUUCGCCGCCAACCUCGACGCCGUCGCCGCCUACGUCCAGGACCAGAGCGAGGACUGCCUCUACCUCAACCUCUACGUGCCCGCGCCCCCGCCCGGCGGAGCCAACGGUAAGAAAAUGGCCGACGAUGUCACCGGCAGCGACCGCGGUGACGACCAAGACCCCCGUGACCCCGGCGCGGGCGGGGCGGCGGCCGCGGCGAGGAGGCCGGUCAUGGUUUACAUCCACGGCGGCUCCUACAUGGAGGGCACCGCGAACAUCGUGGACGGCAGCGUCCUCGCCAGCUACGGCGACGUCAUCGUCGUCACCGUCAACUACCGGCUCGGCGUGCUCGGCUUCCUGAGCACGGGCGACCAGGCCGCCAAGGGCAACUACGGGCUGCUGGACCAGAUCCAGGCGCUGCGCUGGGUGGGGGAGAACGCGGGCGCCUUCGGCGGGGACCCCGACCGCGUCACCGUCUUCGGCUCGGGCGCCGGCGCCUCCUGCGUCAGCCUCCUCACGCUCUCGCACUACUCGGAGGGCCUGUUCCAGAAGGCCAUCAUCCAGAGCGGGACGGCGCUGUCGAGCUGGGCGGUGAACUACCAGCCGGCCCGGUACGCGCGGGCGCUGGGCGAGCGCGUGGGCUGCGCGACCCCCGACCCGGGGUCGCCGGGGCCGCCGGGGUCGUCGUCGCCGCCGCCGGGGUGGGACUCGGCGUCGCUGGUGUCCUGCCUGCGGGGCGUGGCGGCGGGCGAGCUGGCGCGGGCCCGGGUGACGCCCGCGACCUACCACGUGGCGUUCGGGCCGACGGUGGACGGCGACGUCAUCCCCGACGACCCCCAGAUCCUGAUGGAGCAGGGCGAGUUCCUCAACUACGACAUCAUGCUCGGGGUCAACCAGGGCGAGGGCGCGCGCUUCGUCGACGGCCUCGGGGGCGGCGGCGGCCACGGCGGCCAUGACGGCGGCUACGGCGGCUACGGCGGCGGCUACGGCGGCGACGGCAUCGAGGACGACGAGGUCCAAGAUGGCGGCGUCCCGGACGGCGGCGGCGUGUCGGCGGGCGAGUUCGACCUGGCGGUGUCCGGCUUCAUCGACGACCUCUACGGCCGCCCCGAGGGCCGCGGCGACGCCCUGCGCGAGACGGUCAAGUUCAUGUACACCGACUGGGCCGACCGCGACAGCCCCGAGGCGCGGCGCAAGACGCUCGUGGCGCUGUUCACCGACCACCAGUGGGUGGCGCCCGCCGUGGCCACCGCCGACCUCCACGCCCGCUACGGCUCCCCCACCUACUUCUACGCCUUCUACCACCGGUGCCACGGCGGCGGGGGGGGCGGUGGCGGGGGCGGCGUGGACGGGGUCCCCGGCGGGGUCGCGGGCGAGGAGGCCCGGCCGGCCUGGGCGGACGCGGCCCACGGCGACGAGGUGCCCUACGUGUUCGGCGUCCCCAUGGCCGGGCCCGGCGACGUCUUCGGCUGCAACUUCUCGCGCAACGACGUCAUGCUCAGCGCCGUCGUCAUGACCUACUGGACCAACUUCGCCAAGACGGGGUGA